AUGAUGAACGUCACGGACAACGCGCCUGUCACCACGUCUGGUACUGUAACAGGGGUACUCAUAUUCUCGUGUGUUGUGUUUGGUGUUGCCGGUGUUGUCGGCACUACAGGAAACGUCACGACGCUGGUGACGUUGGUCAAAUACAGGCCGUUCCAGUCAGCGGAAAUAGUACUGUUCGCCAACCUUUUGCUUUCGGAUAUGUUUGUUACAGCCAUAGCAGAUCCGAUGAGUAUUAUAGCAAAGACUCUAGGGUGGAAAUUCUUCUCCCCUCUUCAGCCUCUCUGCGUCAUCAUCGGCACCAUCUGCACCGUCUCCUGCGUCGUCUCUCUUCUCACCAUAGCAACCAUCGGCGUCAACCGCUACCUUAUCGUGUGUCACAGUCACGGCUUCGACGGUAAGAGGGUCCAGAGUAUCAUCUUAACGUGCAUCUACGGUUGGGCGUUGACCGUCGUCUCGAUGACGUUUUUCGGAUUUGGACGUCACGGCUUCAACCACAAGACCCACAUGUGCCUCCUUGUCCAGAGUCCGAGUACAGGAAGGUUCAUGGUGUUCUUCGUCGUCGUGUGUUUAUGGACGCCGAUGUUGGCGACGUUGCUGUCGUACGGAAAUCUGUAUCAUCGCGUUGCGAAGUCACGACGUCGGAUCGUCGCCGUCACGAAGGGAAACAGGAGACGCAAGAAACAGGGUGAUUCCGUCCAGUUGGCCAAAACCGCCUUCACCAUCUUCUCCGUCUUUGUCAUCUGCUGGUUUCCUAUUUCCUUACUGUUUCUGUUGGACAGGCACGGCGGUGUCAACACCAACGUCAGCAUCUUGUUGUCGACGUUCGCCCACAUACAUCCUUCGCUCAACUUCUUCGUCUUUUACGGCACCAACAAACGAUUCAGAAACGCAGUGAAGGCGUUGGUUCUGGGGAAGUCCCGCCAAGUACUAAACAACCAGUCAAUUGCAACGAUCACAACGGAGAUGUAA